AUGGCCACAAUACCCUCCACAACACUCUCACCCACCACCACGCCGCCCGCGCGCCAGAUUCGUGCCCUCUACGAUGACGACACCAUCACAGUCUACCAAGCCUACUCAUCCGCCAUCGCCGAGGCAGCCGUCGCAUCUCAGCGGCUCGACGCGUCCGCUGACUUCGCGACCGGCAUGCGCAUGACCUGGAUCAAGCCCAGCUGGUGCUGGAUGCUGUACCGCAGCGGCUACAGCUACAAAGACGCCCGCCAAGAACGCAUCCUCGCUCUCAAGAUGCGCCACGCGGAUUUUCUGGAGCUGCUGCGCGGCGCCCACGUCAACGAGGGCGACCGCCUACCAGGCAGCUGCAAGGAGCGAUGGGAGAAGCACGGUGGUGGCGCAGAGGAGAAGGAGGCCCGGCGGAAGGAGAGGCUGGCGGGGUCGCGGAAGGUCGUGGUGCAGUGGGAUCCGGAGCGCAGUCCUCGAAUCGGGAAACUGGCGCACAGGAGUAUCCAGAUUGGGAUCUCGCCGGCGCUGGUGGGGAAGUGGGUUGGGGAGAUGAUUGUGGGGAUCGAGGAUGUUACGGAGAGGGCGAGGGAGCUGAAGAGGGUGCUUGACGAAGACGAGAGAAAGAAAGUUGGGGUGGAGAAGUUGGUGGACAGGGGAUUGGUGCCGCUGGAGAGGGUAUACGAAGUGCCGGAGGAUGCGAGGAGAGUUCUGGGGAUGGAUGUAGGGGAGGAGGUGGAAGAGAAAGUGGAGAAGGGGGACAGAAACAAGAGCGUUAAGGGGGCUGCGCAGGAUUGUGAACCUCGCACCUGA